AUGUAUUUUACAAGCGCUUAUCAAUCAUUUUCAAUUAACUGUCAUUAUGUGGAUUUGAAAUAUACCAACUGGACAGACGAUCGCCCACGAUUUGUCGUCAAUAUGACAUUCUCCAAUCAAAAUGGCAUAGGAUCAAUUACGACGAUCAACGAGGAGGUUUCAUCCCCAAUCUCCAGUCUAUUAAUUGAGCAACAGGUUCCAAAAGAAAAGAAACGAGUCAUCUACAAUGUGACUACCAAAUUAUGUACACUACAAAGCAUAUUCAAUUCUGUCCCUCUGUUCAAGCCUGUCCAGGAAAAUAUGUUGAAGCAGAGUAACUACACAUUUAGCUGUCCGCUUAAGAAAGGAGUUUAUGUCAUGAGCAAUAUGCGCAUUAAUCCAAGAAACCCUCUUUUAGGUUUAAUGUACCAAGUCAAAGGUACUUUUUUCGUUAAGGGUGCUUUAUAUGCAGAAAUGCCCCAUGAUAUAUUACAUUCUUUGUCGACUUACUAUUUGACUGGCAGGAUUAUAAAAAAGAAUUGCGUUAAAAAUGAUUAAAUCUCAAUUAUUCUUUAACAUCACAUUUAAUCCCUUUAAAGCACUAUCUGUCUAUUAUGUAUUGUAAUGUAAUGCAAUGUAUUUUUUUCAAUAUGCUUAAA